AUGCAAAUCAUGCGUCUUGGCUGCCUCGUCGGGUUUAACGCGCUGGAGCCCGAGUGGAGCCACGCGAAAAGUGGCGUCGAUCCAAGAUUCAACAAUGAGCGAGCAAGUACCAGCAUGUCAGUCCAUUCGCUCAAUUUUAUAUCAUCGCGAGAGCCUAAUACGUCCUAUGACCAUCUUCUCAAGUCAAGCGGGAGCUUCUCCAUGGACCCCGAUGAUAAGAGGGAACGGACUAUAGCCAGUCAAACUGAAGCGGACAGACAGUAUCCAGGAGAUGCAGCCAAUCUAGAGCAGCUGGGGCGAGAGAGACCAGCAAUUUUCACGAACCGAUGGGUUGAAUUGGGGUUUUGCUUCUCGCUGUUGGCUUCGAUGAUGUUAGCAGAGUAUUUCAUCAGCGGGUUUAAUUCUAUCCUGCCCGUCCUGGCAACGGAGUUAAACAUCCCUACAGAAUCAAAGACAUGGCCGGCCAGCGUGUUCUCCCUGGUCACCGGGGCCUUUCUCCUACCGUUCGCUCGCCUCGCCGACAUGUUCGGUGCCCACCUGGUCUUCAAUUUCGGGAUUCUAUGGUUCAUGAUCUGGUCGCUUGUUGCUGGAUGGAGCCAAAACUAUAUGAUGUUGAUAUUCUGUCGUGCCCUGCAAGGACUGGGGCCUGCCGCCUACUUGCCCGCCGGUAUUAUGCUGCUGGGAACAAUCUACCGCCCUGGCCCGCGGAAGAAUAUGGUCUUCAGUCUGUAUGGAGCAUUCUCUCCGAUCGGAUUCUACUCAGGGAUCUGCGUCAGUGGCGUGAGUGGGCAUUACCUCACCUGGCAGUGGUAUUUUUGGAUAGGGGCCAUCAUGCUGUUGAUCAUCUUCGUGGUAUCGACGCUCUCUUUACCACCCAUCAAACUGUCGGAACAUAGCAAGAUGGACUGGUGGGGAUGUCUCACGAUCGUGCCAGGAAUUCUUCUGGCGGUGUACUCGGUGACCGAUAGUUCCCAUGCGCCCAACGGUUGGAAAAGCCCUUAUAUCAUUGUUACCUUCAUCCUAGGGAUCGCUCUGCUCGGUGGCGCAUAUUAUGUCGAAGGCUGGGUGGCCCCAGUCCCCCUUUUGCCGUUUGACUUGUUUAAAGUCAAGUCGAUGACUCCGCUUUUCGUGUCAUUACUCUUCACCUAUGGCAUCUUCGGGAUCUACUUAUUCUACGCUAGCUUCUACAUCGAAACCAUUCUGGGAGAGAAUCCCCUGACUACGGCCGUCUGGUUCGCUCCAAUGGCCGCUGGGGGUCUCAUUCUGGCCACUACGAGCGGCUUCACCUUGCAUCUCUUGCCAGGAAAGCUUCUGAUGAUGAUCGGGACGGCCGGGAACUUGGUAUGCGUGCUACUGUUCGCCAUGAUUCCGGACAACCCCAGCUACUGGGCAUAUAUCUUCCCUGCUAUGAUCGGCGCUACCGUCGGAGUCGACAUCACCUACAGCGUCAGCAACGUUUUCAUCACCACCAACUUGCCCAAGCACCGACAGGGGGUUGCGGGGGCCGUAAUCAACAGCAUUGUCUUCGUGGGUAUCAGUUUUUUCCUGGGAGUGACUGAUCUCGCGGUCGCUCAGACUGAGUAUCUUGGUCUGAAGGGGAGCUAUAAGGUUGCGUUUUGGUUCGGAGUUGCGUGUGCUGGCGUCGCUUUCAUCUUGCUCAUGUUUGUCAAGGUUGGGAAGGCCGGGGGUGAUUUAACGGUUGAAGAAAGGGAACAACUGCAAGAGUCGACGGGAGAUGCCGAGAGAGGUAUAUUGCGAGAGUAG